AUGACUUCCAAGCGUUCAUUCGUUUCGCGGGAUCGAGUGGAAAAGUCCUUCAAGUCAUUCAGGAGGAUGUAUAAGGGUCAUUCAAAGGUGAAGAAGCAGGGAAAAGAGGGCCCAAAGAGCCAAUCCACAAAAGCUCCUAUAGUUACAUUGAUUGUGGGCAGGGAUCAGCGAUGCUUCGUAGCUCAUGAGGAUGUCCUAUCCCGUUCCCCGUUCUUCCAUUCUGUGCUGAAGGACCAAUUUGUAGGUGAUAAUGUGGACAAGGUUCUAGGCUUGCCCGACGAAGAGCCAGAAAUCCUGUCUUGUGUCCUCGAGUUCCUGUACAAGGGCGACUAUACCCCGCGCCUCGUGCAUGACAAGAGUCACAGCUCAUUCACACUCGAAGGUUACCAGGAUACCUCUAGUAUCAACAGUCGCGAAUCAAGCACAGCGACAAUCUUUCUUUCUGCCAUCAACGGUGUAGUCCUCCGGGACACUGCUGUGUACUGUGCAGCUGAGAAAUACGGCUUGGAGUCACUCAAAGGCCUUGCUCUUCGCAAGCAAGGACUUCAGAAAGGUAUACCUAUCGACGUAAUCCUGCGAUCCGCCCGGUAUGCCUAUGACAACACGCCGGACUGUGAGUCUCGACUGCGCGCUCAUUACUUAGCGAUGAUCAUUCGCGCCCGUCAUAUUUUCAAGAGCAGCGGAACCAUGCAAUUUGACAUGGAAAUGGGCCAUAGAUUCUACUUUGAUUUGUUUGUUGCGAUGUGUAACCACAUGGAUGAUCUGGAGGGACUUGAGUAA